AACAAAAUUCGGGUUUCUGAAACCCGUUCCUUUCCUAAUUUUAGGUUUGGUAUAAUUCGAUUCACACCCUUGUACCAGUGGAACGUAAUCCCAUUCAUGGCAUCCUCUGUAUCCACAAACCUCAAUUUCCUCUUUCAACAUUCUUCAGUAAUCCGUCCACUGAAAUCUACCACCAGAAGACAAUUCUCAGUGCGAUGCGGCGGCCCCAGAAGCAAUCGUGGACCUCUAGUCAAGGGCCGAAUACUGAGCAUAGAAGCAAUCCAAGCAAUUCAAGCUCUAAAACGAGCCCAAAGAACCGACCCGUCCCAAAUUGAAGCUCAACUUUCCAAAACCCUCUCUCGUCUCAUCAAAGCAGAUCUCAUUUCCGCCUUCAAAGAACUCUUACGACAAGACCUUACCGAUUUAGCCCUCAAAGUUUUCCCAGCCGUUCAAUCUGAAUGCAGUGUUCCCGAUUUGGGUCUUUACGCUGACAUGGUUUUAGCUUUGACUCGGACAGGUUUGACUCAACAUAUUGAUGAUUUGAUUUGUGAUUUAGAGAAAGAGGGUACAAUUCAAGUUGAUGAUAAGGCGCUGGUGAGAUUAGUGAGGGCGUUGAUUGAAGGUGAACAGGUUGAAUUGACUGUUAGAGUUUAUGAAAUGAUGAAAAGGAGUGGAUGGGGUUCUGGAAUUGAAAUUGAUGAAUAUGUAGCUAAGGUUUUAAGGAGGGGUUUUAAAAGGUUUGGGAAAGAGGAUUUGGCUGAUGAGGUUGAUGGACAAUUACAAAGUGUGUCUCGUGUAGUUUUGGGGAAACAUUAGAUUCUGAAAUUUGAGAACGAAAUUAGAUUACUUUUCUUUAUCCAUUGUAACACUAGUAUACAUUGUUUUUGUGUCCCUCCUUAAUAUCCUUUACCAAUGAUGAUGAUAACUGAGCUUUGAUUCUAAUGAAAAUAUUACCAAGUUCAUGAAA